AUGAAUCCUUUUGAAUCUGUGAAAGGUGGGUGUGUAGAUCCAACUGUUCUAUCUUAUUUUUCAAUGGUGCAAAAGAAGGACCUGGGGACGCGGUGCAAGGCGCUGGCCCGGGUUGUCUGCGAAAUAGGCGUCCUUCCUGUAGACUCUGUUGCAAGGUGCCUGUACGACACGAUGCCCAUACUGUGCAAGGACGCGCAGGAGCCAAUAAACACGCACAUUUCGGAGAUUCUUUGGCAUGUGCUAAAAAAGGGAUGCGAGCCUCAGCGGGCAGGCUGCCUCCAGCCCUGGCUGGGUAUGUUUCUGAAAAGCCCAAACAAGGCAGGAUAUCGGGUGGCCAAGGCGCUUGCAAAGCGCGGGGAGCUGAAAGGGCUUAUUGCGCUCUACAGCCGAACUGCAACCACCGAGCUGUACAUAAAAAGCAAGAUGGCGGAGCUUGCGCUUGAGGAAGAUGCCGAGGUGUCUAUAGAGCGGAUAAAAAGUGCGCGCUCCAGGGACGAGCUGGGGGCUCUGGCAAAGCUGCUUUUGUGCCUGGCCGAGAAAAAGAAGAUGACUGGCCCCGUUCAGGAGGCUGCGGUGUGGUGUGCGCAGCACACCGGGGAGCUUGGGGAAAAGUGGAAGCUGUUGGCUGUUCUGGGCACAGGAUACUCGAUAGAUGCGGUUAUGUCUGAAAGCAACCACAUAGAAGACACGGCCUUCCUGCGCAUUGUGCGGUCUGCCCACUUCAAGGAAGAGCUUGCGCAGUACGGGCCCUCGCUGUUUAUUGAGAAGUGUCCGUGCCUGCCGGCAGCUCUUUUCGACUCUCUGCUGGAGGCGACCCAGGACAGAAAGCUCGUUCUUGGAAAGCUCCUUCGGUGUAACACCGCCGGGUUUGAGCACAUUCGCAUAGAGCGCGGGGACUUUCCGCACAUAAACGCCAUAAACUGCUACAACCGCGUAAACGAAGCGCUUUUGGCGCACCCAGUGGAAGGCGCGCGUGUAUAUGAGGGCCUUUCUGCAAAGGAGGCAAUUAUUCGGGCAGACCUGAUGGGGUCAAAAGUAAGCGACGUAUGCGGGGAGAUACUGCAAAAGAUAAGCGUCGCGUUUCUUAGAAAAGAAAACAUUUUUGAGGAAGGCGCAAGAACCCUUCCAGCAUCUUUUUUCCGGGAUGGGGGCGACCUGACCCAGGAGGAGCAUAUUUUUGUGGUUUCGCAGCACCCGGAAAUCGCCACAAAAAGCACGAUCGACACCAUGGUCAAGCAUAGGCUUUUUCUGCAGAAGGUUUUUAGCGGCCUGCCAGACAGCCUUAUGGAGUACCUCGUAGAGAGGCUGAAAAAAGAGCCCACCGAUGUGAUCCAGGAGGUGUACGAGCUCAUGCGGGGGAAAAUGCAGAAGAAGCAUGCGUUUGCGCUUCUCGAAAAAAUAUACGCAGUGGCCCAAUACAAAAAGGAAGACUUCACAGAAAAGUUUGAGCUUUCGGAGGAUGUUGGCGAGGAGUAUCUUGUGUAUCUGGUGCAAAACGAGGCUGUAGAAGAGGAGAGCGUGUACCGGCACAUUGUAGGCGACGCAAACAAAAGAGCGUGCGGAACCCAGGACAUUGAAGACGAGUAUAUGGAGCUGGGCGAGGUGCUGGGCGGAAAGGCUGCAGAGCAGGCAACCUCCAAGCAUCUUUUUGGAGGCGCGCACGCGAAGUGGAGGCGAGUUUUGGAGUGUCUUUCGGACAGGCAGCUCAGCAGGGCUCUUUCCGACGUGCUAAAGAUGGAAAGUACGCUGCCACAGCUGGAAAAGGGAGAGGUGCCGGCGUGGGCGUUGUCUGCAGGGCUUGUGGGGGCUGUGCUGGAGGCCAUGGUGUUUUGGAGAGACACGGCUUGCAGGGGCGCUGCAGACACGCUUUCUGUUCUUUCCAAGAAAGUGCGCAGCGCAUCUGGCGAUUUGGAAGGCGAGGACAGAAAAGUGUGGGACUUUGUGCUCAAGAUGUACGCCAACUCUUUGCACAAAGUCGAGCUCACGCAAGAAGACGCAAAGAAGAUGCAGAGCAUAACGCUGGAGAGCCUCCCAGAAAAAGGCAGGGGCGCGCUGGCGUACAUGCUUCUAAGAGCACAGCAAAGGCAGAAGCAAAGCCUGCUGGAAGUCUCGCUGGAGGAAUCGCAGAAGCUGGGCGGAAGAAUACUCUCGCUGCGCGCAAGCGUGGCGCCUGCGUUGCCUGGGGAGGGCGCAGGCUUCAAAAAUGUGGACUUUUCUCUGCUGAGCCAGCGCUGCAUACUUGCAAUGCAGAGGCGCCUGGAGGACGAGCCGGAGCUGGCGUCUCUUUGCAUAAAAAGCGACAGAGUGUGGGGCACAGGCGGCAACGCGUACAGAUGCGAGGCAUAUGCGCCCAUUCUGAAGAGCAUCGGGAAGCACUAUGCAAACACGAUUCUGAAUAUGUACUACAUGGCAAAGGUAGAGGAGGGCGCCAUAGACGCAGAGGUGUUUUUCAUGCUGUUUGACAUACCGGCGAUCCCAAACAUAAAGGAGAUGGAUCUGUACGAGUGGAGGCUUUUUCUCUCCAUAUGCAGCGAGGUGCGGAGCAUCGAAAUAUGCUCUCUUGUAUCAGCCAUGGUGCGCGCGGAGUGCAAGUGGCUGGCGUUCCUCAUCCAAAGCGAGUCCUGCGCGCUGGACCUUCUUGGGCUUUUCGCCAAAAACUUCCCCAUUCUCAUGCGCAUUUUUUUCCAGAGCAGCCGAAACGCAAAGCGCGUGCAAAAGUACUUUGCAGCGCACGUGACGCCCAGCCUUGUGAGAGAAGAGGCCAGCCGGCCGCUCCAGGGCGUGCAGCUGAAAAUGAAGACGAUUGCGGAGACGCACAUAAUGGUGGCGGCAUACCGGAUCGAGGAGUCGGAGCUGGAGGCGAACAUAAGCUUCCCGAUGGACUAUCCUCUCGGAAAGCCCGAGGUGAAGGUGGCUCGGUGCGUGGGGAUCAAAAAGAAGCGGCUGCAGCGGCUGCUUCUCAGGAUACAGAUCCUCAUGACAGAGCACUGCCGGAUUGGCGAGGCUCUGAUGCUUUGGAAGCUUUCGCUGGACAAUGCUGUGGAAGAAGUUGAAGAGUGCGGAAUAUGCUUCUUCAUGAUAAACGAGGUGAGCAAGUGCUUUCCCGACACGGCCUGCACGAAGUGCGGAAACAUAUUCCACGGCAUGUGUCUCAAGAAAUGGCUGCAGAAGAGCAAAAACCUCUGCCCCAUAUGCCGAGAAGAGACUGGAUCGUGA